AUCCUGCCCAAGUGUUUUACAAUCUCCAGGGCUUCAAAACAAGCAGACGGGGGGACGAAAUAUAUAUAUAUGCAGAGACAAUAGCGCUAUCCUAGCAGCUGUUUAUAUUCACACACUCAAACUCCAACCUCACACGACGCAUGGCAGAUCAGAAAGCACUUGUCUUCAUGCAGCACAUAAGAAUAUCUGUCAAAAUAAGAAAUUGCACACAACAGCGAGAGCAACGCCAGAAUAAACAAUAGUAAGCAAGGCGCCUGGAGCGCACUUAAACCAUGCCUGUAUCAGUACAUCAACGCGCCGAGUGCUCACGUACACGAUCCUGCCUGCUUUAAGGCGCGCGGACAGGCUUGUGUUUGCAUUUCGCAUGCACUACCCAGCAAUGACCGAUGCCCUAUCCUGAAGACAUAUAUUUACAACACGCGGGCGCAAGUGACAACAGCACUUGCUUCCUUAGCGUUGUCAACAGCGCGCACUUGUAGAGUUUGCCUAUAACCAGGUGUAUAUUAAGUCAUCCUUGGUUAGGACAUUGGCACAGGGACAAAACCCCUGGGGAAGGUUUGCUAUUUUUGCUGCAAUGAGGCUAGUGACCAAUGUGUCACUACCAGUUUCCCCUAUACAUCAAAUUCCAGUCCAUGCAAAUACCUCCGCGCAUAAAAUUCCCUCUCAAAGUUACUGCACCUCAUAUCAACUCAAUUUCUCCUCGUGCUGUUUCAGGCCCACUGCCGAGCAUCACCCACAAGAAGAGCAUGCUGCGCAGUGGCCCCAGUGGAAUGUUCAGGCAAAGGAAAGGCUUUUUGGUGCAAAAAAGUAAUCACCGCAGUUGUGAUAGGCACCAUCCGUGCCUGAAAGAGUUCCCACAAGCAAGUUCACACAGCCUCAUAACCUCUGCUUGCCCGAAUCACCCACCGCCCUUCCCGACAAGAGGCUCAAAAACCAUAGAUGAUUCCUGUGAGCACCCUUUAGCGUGUCAAUUGUUUGUCGCGACAAAAAAACUGUACAGGGGCCAAACCUGAUCUGAUCACAUUGCUUCAGGGGAAUCUUGCCAGACACCACUCUUUUCACUCUUCAGUAUCUGCUGCAGAACAGUUGCUGCCCAAACUAGAAUUUUUUUGUCGCGACAGGAUGCAAGGUUUGCCUCAGGGCAACACCCACUGCUCAGCUCAAGUUCCAAUCGAACCAUCAUGCUGCUUGGCCCUUCUUCAAAAUCCUGGAGACGGGGAAUUAAUCUCUUCGUCUUUUAUGCAAAGGGACUAGGGGCAGCCUGCUAGCCCGUUCUGCCCCAUGCAGAGACAGGGCACAUCAAACAUCCAAAGAACGCAUUGCUACUCUGCUAUGAGGGACAAAAAGGUCACCCAUUGGCAUAUCCGUGUGCAUUCCUUGACACUGCAGUACUGUGCAGCUGUGUGGAACCUACUGCACCGGCAAUGGCACAGCUGCUCCUUGCAUGCAGAGGUAUGUUCCUAGCCACCUCUUGACCCCUCCUGCUGUGCCCAGUGUAAGGUUUGAUCCAGCUUUGUUGCUAACAGGCGACGUCCCUGUUGCACAUGCCUCCCGGCUUACUGGACUGGGCAGCCACCCUCAAACAGACCUCUGCAAUGGCAGAGAGGCCUCCAGCAGCAGAGCAAACCACUGCCAGACCUGAGGGUGGCAGAUCUUCUCCACAACGUGCGUCUGUG